UUGCAAUCAGGCAUGAACUUUCUAUCUUGUGAUGUGCCGUAGAAUCCCUGUCCUGCCAUUUCGUUUUCCUGUGUUCGGAGAUGGGACGACGAAGUCACGAUCCGCCAGCAAUCCAUCCAUCACAUAGAAGAAAACGAAAAGUAGAAGGAUUGAUUAAAAAAAUUAACCAUGGUGGAUUAUCCAAUGCCGCCCGAGGACGGCAGCCCUUCAAUGUCUUCGUCGGCGAGCCUUUGUCUAGCUCCUCAUCAUUUGUCCAACGCCCUCUUCACCGCCGCUUCGUGGCGCUAUGGGCUGCGUCCAGACUAAACCAACUUCCAACUCGCCUCCGCGCAGCCUUGCGAAACUCAAGUCCGACCAUGGUUAUGUGCCCGUCGGCGCCACAGGAGGUCGUCCUCCUCGCCCUCCUCGACCUCGCGAAGUGGGGGCGGAAACUGUAUCGGAGCAGAAGAGGCCUCCACAGCCCCCUCCACCUCCUCCGCCUCGACAGCUCGUCGCCAGCGUGGAUGAGUUGGUGGACGGGUGGCCGCGUUGGCUUGUGAAUAACAUACCGAAAGAUGUUCUCGCUGGUUUGGUGCCCAAGAGUGCCGAUUCAUAUGUUAAGAUUGAUAAGGUUGGCCAAGGCACAUAUAGCAACGUUUACAAAGCCCGGGAUAGGGAUACUGGGAAGAUUGUUGCUUUAAAGAAGGUUCGCUUUGAUACAGCGGAAUCUGAGAGUGUUAGGUUUAUGGCAAGAGAGAUUAUGAUAAUGCAGAAGCUGGACCAUCCAAAUGUUCUUAAGCUUGAAGGGCUUGCCACAUCGAGAAUGCACUACAGCCUUUAUUUAGUGUUUAAUUUCAUGCAAUCUGAUUUGACUGGAGUUAUCUGUCGCCCUGGUGGAAGGCUUACUGAACGACAGAUUAAGUGCUACAUGCAUCAAUUGCUAUCUGGUCUUCAACACUGUCAUGAGAGGGGGAUCUUACAUCGAGACAUUAAAGGGUCCAACCUUUUAAUAGAUAAAGAUGGAGUGUUGAAAAUAGGUGAUUUCGGCCUUGCAAAUUACUUCAAUGUCAAGCCAAAACGACCACUUACAAAUAAAGUGGUAACCCUAUGGUACAGAGCUCCUGAAUUGCUUUUAGGCUCUACAGAUUAUGGGGUUGGUAUCGACCUUUGGAGUGCAGGUUGCCUUUUGGCUGAGAUGUUUUUUGGACGACCUAUCAUGCCAGGAAGGACGGAGGUUGAACAACUACACAGAGUAUUUAAAUUGUGUGGCUCUCCCUCCGGGGACUAUUGGAGAAAAUUGAAGCUGUCAGCAAACUUCCUACCUCCACAACCAUAUAAACCUAGCAUUUUAGAGACAUUUAAAGAUCUUCCUUUGUCUACAAAGAAUUUUCUAACCAUGCUUCUUGCACUAGAGCCCUACAAUCGUGGUACCGCAGCAUCAGCUCUCCAAAAUGAGUUUUUCAGCACGGAACCCCUAGCUUGUGAUCUUUCAGGUCUUCCUGUUCUUCCAAACAAGGAAGAGGAUGAGACAAAAUUGACUCGGGAACGGAAAAAGUAUGUUGUUUUCCUGUAAAUGGUUUUAUUAGUU